AUGGCUAGUAACCGUGAAGGAGCCGGACAGAGUGGUAGUUUAUUGUCUAAAAGAGGGAGGAAGAGGGGAAUAAAAGACACAGAGCCUAGAGUAAGACAAAGAGGCUUAGGUAUUGCUCAACUAGAGCGCCUCCGAUUGCAGAAUGAAAUGGUUGCUGCUGGUGGCAAUGUUGCUGGGGUGACUGUUGUUCCUAACCAACUGCAGGAGGGUUUGAUGGUUCAAAACCCCUAUUUCCUAUCGCCAGUGCCACCGAUCUCUUAUAGUUAUACUCCUGUUACUGCACCGCCUCUGCCUGGUACUCAAGGCCUCAAGAUGAGCAUGGGCAGUGAAAGUUGUGAUCUCCGGUUUGGAUUGAGUACAAGGCCUAAUGAAGGCAACGGGUUCCCACAAACAAAUUACUUUACUAAUAACCUUCUUGUGGCUGAAAAUUCUGAAAAACAUGAGACCAAGAAAGCUGCAAUUGAUUCAUCCGGUGCUGGGAGUUUGGCAAGAUCAGGCAGCACACAAGAACCAGAUUUAGAGCUCCAUCUUUGA